AUGCCGAUUCGCCGCCAAGCAACCCCACUCCCAACCCCCGGAGGAAACGGCUUCGGCCAGCACCUUCAACAAGCCGACAAAAACAAGCCUGUCAAGAUUCCCUCCGACUUUGGCCGCUUGCCCAUCAUUCCCAAGCGAACCCACCAUACCCGCCCACCCAUUGUUGUCCCCAAGCGAGAGCGGUCGCCGAGCGACAUCACUCUCCACCCAAGGAACCACUCUGCUCCGCCCCUCUCUACCCCCAACUACUUCUCCCGCACGCAGCCGAAUGGUGCCCUCGAACUGGUUUUCUCGCUGCCUGCUUGGCCGCCUGCCCAGCCUGGCCAGUGGAACCGCCAGAUCCACCGCGUAGAGGUGCCAGCCCUCACCCUAGCCGACGUACAUGCCCACAUGCCGGCGAGCUACCCGCUGCUGCUGCUCAACAUCUGCAAGGAGUUUGAGACGUGGUACCACCAUAUACAAGGCCUGGCUAUCAAGAAGGACAUUCUUCCGUUGGCCGAGAAAACGCUCACCGGCAUCAACUCCCUGGUUGAUCGGUUGGAGUGGAUCCACACCGUAUGCGCCCAGAUCAGAGAGGGUAAUAGGCGUAUCGCCAAGGUCAUGGCCAACGCCUUGGCUGGCACCGACAAGAAUGGCCCGCGUGCCAACAUCUAUGACGGGAACAAGUUGCACCGCGACGCCGUCGCCACACCUCUCCCCGAGGUGUACGACGACAUCGACAACGUGAUUGCCGAGCGACUGGUGACGGCAGGCUUCCUCUUUGACGGAGCUCAUGAGCUGCUCAGGAACUUCGUCAAGACAGCCCGGGGCGUUCCCAACGACCUCCUCUGCCAGGAGUUUGUUGAGGAUAGCCAACCCAUGUUUGACAGCGUCAAUGCGCUCUGUGGGUAUAUCAAAGACUGGUCAAAGCCCCUUCAUGAACGCAUAUUGGAGAUUAAGUUGCUUGACGUUAGCGACGCCGAUAUCGACGCCUAUUGGGAAACCCGCGCCAACACAAGUAUCGAGUGUCUCAGCAUCUAG